AUAGUCACACCUUUUUAAACCUUAUUUUCUCCACUCCUGUAAUUUAAUAUUUGUUACCUGACAGUCGGCUGCACACCUGGAGGAAAGCAAUCACAGACAAACACACUUGCUAAGACUGGAAGAUGACACUGUAUGCAGCUGCUGUAAUUCUAGUCUUGGUUGUUCAAGAGAUUCACACACAAGCGUGUGGAAAUCCAGUUUUCACCAGACGUAUUGUGGGAGGGACUGAUGCAGUAGAGGGGGCAUGGCCAUGGCAGAUCAGCUUAAGGAGGAAUGGCCGACAUAUUUGUGGUGGUUCCCUCAUAGCAGCUGACUGGGUUGUGACGGCAGCUCAUUGCUUUGCAAGAUCAGUCAAUGUGAGUACAUACACAGUACUCCUGGGAGGAUACCAGUUGUCACUUUCCAAUGCAAACACGCUCAUACUUGGAGUCAGUAAGAUAUUUGUCAAUGAAAACUACACAAAUGCUGAGAGAGGUAACGACAUUGCUGUCCUACAACUUGCACAAACUGUGACUUAUACAGACAACAUCCGUCCAGUCUGCCUGCCGUACUCUACUUACUCGAUUCCAGAUGGAACGAUGUGCUGGGUCACUGGAUGGGGUAAUACCAAAUUAGGUGUCAACUUACCAAACCCUGAGACAUUGCAGGAAGCAGAGGUGCCCAUCAUAAACCAGCCACAGUGUGAUUGCAUUUAUCACGUGAGCAGCACUUACGGUGAACAACAUCAAAUUGUUGCGUCUGAUGCCAUAUGUGCUGGGUACACAGUGGGUGGAACAGAUUCCUGUCAGGGCGACUCUGGAGGACCACUGGUAUGCAAGGAAGAUUCGGUCUGGAUCCUGGUAGGUAUUGUGAGUUGGGGAUAUGGUUGUGCACGACCUAAUCGCCCUGGAGUGUACUCACGUGUCACAGCAUUCCAGACAUGGCUUCAGAGCAAAGUGCCCGGGCUUCAUCCUGUGGCAUUCAACCAAACUUCAACACCAGAUUUCAUUAACAAAACAUGUGAGUUCCAAAAUGGAGAGGCAGUGAUAAUACAGGACAAUGGAUAUCCUCAUUCAAGCAUCGUCAUCGCAACUCCUGCAAAGGAUACUACAGUAACGAUGAACAGGACCAUCGACACAAAAUCCAAUAUCACAACAGUGAACAGUGCCAUUAAAGAUGUCCAUUGUUAUGACAUUUUUAGACUGUCUGCCAUGCCACUAAGUAUGGUUUCUGUCCUGAUAACCUUCCUACUGCAUAUAUAGACGUGCGUCACACCAAGUCUUUCUCACUUAACCAUGUUUGCCAUUCGAACUUAAUAUCACAAAGAAGUUGAAAUGAGUAAAAGAAUGCUGCAUCUUGGGAUGUGAGAUCACGUGAAUAUUGACAGGAGGGUUUGCAUGGGAUUGAAUUCAACUUUCCCCAAACCCAGUCACUAUUUCAGAGCUUUAACAACUGAAUACUGCUUGUGUCUGAUUUUUUAAGACAUAACAGCUUUUGAGUGUUACAGAAUCUUACCCUGAUAACAACAAAGUUAAAACUAUACAUUCUCCUAAUAGUAAUUCAUGGAAAAAGCCAUUAAUGAGAUUCAGUCUGCUGCAUUACUUUCUAAAACAGUAAGACGGCAAAGUAUGUUAAAUAUAGCAAAAAAACAAUGAUGCCAGAUUUACUUAUUUAGUAAUUAGCAGUAUCUCAUAAGGAAAAAAAUAUGUAUGUUGCUUGCCAUCCCUUUUGGGUUAUGUCCUAGAGAAGAAAAGCAGGAUGUCAACAGAAUGAGUUAAAUCUGGAGACAUUUGAAGCAGUUCAGAUUGAAGCCGAUAUCCUGUAUAAUCCAAUAAAUUCUAGAUGCAGCAGCUUUUUAUUAAAAUAAAGAUACUUUCAUUUAUUGUUGAUAGCUGAUCCCUACACACAUAGUACAGAACAUAAUUUAAUUAAAUCUGUCACCACUUUCAUUUUAGAAUUCUCAGUUUAUAUGUGCCUUGGUGUGCAUAGAAUCACAGACAGCAUUAUAAUAAGCCCUUUACUUCUUAGCUGGGGCUUAGUGACAAUGUAGAAAAGUGGCACUGAAAUUGUUUUCAUAUAAUAUAAAAUAAAUAUCUUAAAUUAGAUUUUUAUUAUGGAUACAGAAAAGCUACUCAUAUUCAAAAAUAAUCCUGGGAGCAUAUCUAAUGUUUAACUGAAAAACAAAACAAAUGAAAACAAAACAUACUCACUUUGUAUGUGCCAUUCAAACUACCUCAUGUUGCCACCAGGAAAGAGAUCACAGCUGUCGUGGAUUUUCUGUGGCCAUCAUCCAUGGCAUGGUCAUUGAUUAGAGUGGUGCCACAGCAGGACAUAUUAUGAUAAGGUAGUAAUACAUCUGUUUUAUUGACGCUCUGCUUCUGACCGAUGAGAUUGGUAUUAGUGUAAAUGGUGUCAAAGCACAACAUGGCAGUGUAACAAGGUGGCAUAACUGUAACACACUUGUUCUGUACAUUUGGAUGGUGUUAGUGCAUUGCACUGGAAAUUAACAGGCAGUGUCACUUCUGUGAAAGAUAUGCCCAGCCUUCCUUUUUCUACCCAUUAAAUAGUGAUGCUGAAGAUGUUUGACAUACUUGCAUGCGAAUACCUGACAAAAGGCCUGAUGUCUAUUUAGCGUGUGCAGUCAUUGCAACUAGCAGCUUGCAACUGCCUUUCCUCUUUUACCACCCAUUUGUUUCCAUUUUGCCCAAUUUCCCCUUGAGUGAUUUUAGUGGACAGUUGUUCCUCCUACUCAUGUUACACAUACCUCUCAACUGUACAGAUUUUUGCAAAAUGUCCAUAUUUUUGCCUCAUAUUUGUGGUCUGUUUCUCAUAUAAUUGUGGUUUUCUGGCAAAUCACUGGCAAA